UACUUGCCGUUUCCAGCUUGCGAGAGGAGAUGGAAAGGGAGACAAAAUGAAUCAGAGCUAUGGUGGACAAUUCCUGCAAUACCAAGGAAUACUAUAAGAGGAGGCAAGAGGAAAUCGAAGCAGGUGGCAUCUUAGGAUUUCCUUCGGGCAGUUACUUCUUCAACCAUCUGGGUCUCAACCGAUCGAUAACCUGCAGUGAUCUGAGGAGGAGCUAGCUUGCAAGGCUGAUUGUGUCAAUACACUACAAGGUCUAUGGCGACUAGCAAUCUGGUUGUGGAGGUUACAAGUGCCGAUAUCCCCUCAAGCAGCAAUACCUCCCCGGCCAACUAUUUCGCGGAGGUUUGUUUCAACGGUCAAAAUGCCAGGACAGCCAUCAAGCAAGAUGUUGCUGUAUGGAAUGAGAGGUUCUGUUUUGAUAUGAGACAGAGAGACAAGGGUCCUUGUGGUGACCUCAUUCUUGAAGCUGCUGUCUACAGCUACGAUCAGAUCAGCGACUCCAAGUCACUGCUUGGCAAAGUAUUGCUGUCUGAUGAAUAUUUUCACCGCCAUGGAGCUAACGUUGAUCCCGUACAAUAUCCAUUAUUGAAUAGCACAGGCCAUGAGAAUGGAAAAGUGCGGCUUAAGCUGUUCCUUAUUGAUGCCGCUGAUAGGAUCCUGCUUGAGAGUGAGGGCAAUAAUGGGCUAAACGACAUUUACGACUACCUGUUUAAAAGCAAGGAUGGUUAUGUCGAAGAUGACAAUGUCGAUCAACAUGGUCCAGUUUCCCUGGAGCCUGACGACGCUGCUCCGACAGAGAUCAACCCAAAUUUCGAGCCUGGAAGGUUGGUCGAGCGAAUGCAGCUGCUCUUCGUGCGUGUGAUAAAGGCUCGCAAGCUGCCGGAUAUGGAUGCCAAUGGCAGCCUUGAUCCCUAUGUCGAGGUCCAGUUCGGUGCCUUUAACAGGGGCGUCACCAAGUGCUUGAAGAGGAGCAAGAACCCAGAGUGGAAGGAGACUUUUGCCUUCUCCUUCCAGUUCCAGCAUGGCCAGACACCCAACCCCGGCGUGGAUGUUAUAGUCAACGACAAGGAUGUGGUUAAAGAUGACUUUGUAGGGAAGGUGCACUUCGAUCUGAAGGACAUUCCAACAAGGUCCCCGGAUGAUGAUGCGCCGCUGGAGCCAACGUGGUAUCCACUGCUCGACCAAUGCGGGACCAAGUUAGAACAGGCCAGCUUGCUGCUCACGAUCUGGAUCGGGUCGCAGGCUGAUGAAGCGUACCGUGAUGUAUGGGUCUCAUUGUACAGCUCCAAGGUGUACGAGAAGCCAAACCUGUGGUGGCUGCGUGUCACGAUUGUUGAGGUUCAGGGUGUUACAGUAAGACACGAUGAUGGGGCGGCUGCUGACGGCCGCAAUGCACAGAGAGACACAGAGUUGCGUUGCAGGAACCAUUCUUUGAGGGUGUCCUCGAGCUAG